AAUAAAUUAUUUAUUACAUAUAUGAUAAUUAAAAAAUAUAGUCAAAAUAUAUUUUGAAAAUUAUAUUAAUACCCAAAACGUCAAAUAAUUAUGGAACUUGAGGAAGUAACACCGUAAAAUGCUGAUAAUUAAAUUACUUGUUGCAAUCUCUCUCUGUAACGUUCAUUCCGAGACGAACGGAGAUGGUUAAUGAUCUCGGGGGCGAUCAUUGAGAAAUGGCAAAAUACUCGCUAUAAUAACGAAACUGGUAAACCAGAUCGAGGCUCGCAACCGGCAAACCCUAACCCUCUCUUAUCCCUGCCGCCGCCGCCGCCAUCUUCUCUCAUCCAUCGCCAUGGCUGCUGCAGCCCGUAAUUACCUUAAUCUGGAUUUUGACGUUUCCGAUACGAAACCUCUCCCUGACUACUGCUUCUCAGAGGCUUCGGAGGUGUGGAGAGCUCAUUCUGAUCGAUCGGAUGAGGAAAGGGAACAGGAACAGGCUGUUUUGAGGUUCUACGAAGAGAAGGAAAAAGAGCUGGAGGCAAUUGACGAUUGUUCUGAAGCCCUAGGCGACGUGGAUUGUGAUGAUGAGGAGGAGGAGGAAGAUGAAGGAACAUGUGAGCUAUGCAUGAAUGAAGGGUUGGCACCAAGCCCGAGAAACCAUGGCGAGCACUUGUGCCCAGUGUACCUGGAGAUGGUAAAUCAGCAAAUUCUGGAGGAAAUAAAGGAUCAAGACCUUCACAAUGAGGACAACAAUAUUUUUGAACGUUUUGGAGUCAUGGUUGACUGGGAGGAUGAGGACGAGGACGAUGAUGGUGAGGAAUUUGAAGAAAUCAACAAGAAGUUUAUUCAGCUUCUGGGUCAUGGAAAUGAACUUGCUCGUGAAAUAAUGGAUGGCGCCCCCGCUGCUUGAGGCGCUUGCCACUGGCGGCUGCAGCCGAUAAUUGGGCUUUGAGUUAUUGGGCCUAACUAGCCAAGGCCCAAGGAGCGGAAUGCAUGGGCUUCGAUGGGACCGGCCCACUUUCGAUCCCCUGCUUUAUGCUCCAGUUUCGAGCAAUUCGUGUGUUAAAACAACGGUUAAUGUGUUCAACGGUGUAUUGCUUGCUUGUCGCCUGCUUGUAGGUCUUUGCUUCUGGUGGUACAAUUUCGUCGAUUUAUGUGCUACAUUAUAUGCAACUUUAUAUGAAACAAUC